UCUGCCGUCCUCUGCCGCUGGGUCGCUGAUGAUGCCGAGCGGAGCGGGGCGCUUGUACGUUUCGAUGUGCGGCUACAACCGCAGUUCCCAAGAUUGAAGUCGGAUGAAACGGGAGACGAGGCUGAAAUAUGAUGAUGGAUCGUCCGAGCCGUUUCUCAUCGCUCGGACAGCUGUAACGUCGGCGGACACACGGGUGGAUUCAUCAAAGGGUCGACGUUCAGGGCUUCACUUUGUUUGACAUUCAACCACAGACAGAAUGAUCGAGGAAGGCAGUAAACGAGGGAAGGCCAUGGUGGAGAAGAGACAGCUCUUCAUGGAAAUGAGAGCCCAAAAUUUUGAUGUAAUCAGACUGUCGACUUACAGGACUGCCUGCAAACUCCGGUUUGUGCAAAAGAGAUGCAACCUUCAUCUGGUGGAUGUCUGGAACAUGAUCGAAGCCUUUCGUGACAACGGGCUCAACACGUUGGACCACAACGCUGAGAUCAACGUGUCACGGCUGGAGACUAUUCUGUCUUCCAUCUACUACCAGCUCAACAAGCGGCUGCCCACCACCCACCAGAUCAAUGUGGAGCAGUCCAUCGGGCUGCUGCUCAACUUCAUGGUGGCCACCUACGACAGUGAAAGCCAUGGGAAACUGACAGUUUUCUCAAUGAAAGCCAUGCUGUCAACAAUGUGUGGAGGGAAAAUUGUAGACAAACUACGCUAUAUUUUCUCACAGAUCUCCGACUCAAGUGGAGUCAUGAUGUUUGCAAAGUUUGAUCAGUUUCUCCGGGAGGUGCUCAAACUCCCUACGGCUGUGUUCGAGGGCCCUUCUUUUGGGUACACGGAGCACUCGGUGCGGACGUGCUUCCCUCAGCAGAAGAAGAUUAUGCUGAACACGUUUUUGGAUGUGUUGAUGGCAGAUCCUCCCCCUCAAUGCCUCGUAUGGCUACCGCUCAUGCACCGACUUGCUAAUGUUGAAAAUGUCUUCCAUCCGGUGGAAUGUUCAUAUUGCCGGAGCGAGAGCAUGAUGGGUUUCCGGUAUCGGUGCCAACAGUGCCAUGGCUACCAGCUCUGCCAAAGCUGCUUCUGGCGUGGUCAUGCCAAUGGUCCCCAUAGCAACCAGCACCAAAUGAAGGAGCACUCAUCCUGGAAGUCUCCGGCCAAAAAGCUGAGCCAUGCAAUCAGUAAAUCUCUGGGCUGCGUCCCCAUCGGAGAGCCGCCUCAUCCUGUGUUCCCCGAGCAGGCUGAGAGACCACAGGAACUCACCCAUACUGUUCAGCCGAAACCAGUGGCCAACAACAUGAACGACACAAUGCUCAUGUCCUCUGGGGCGCCUACUCCUACCAAAAGUGUCUUGGAGAGUCCCAGCCGGCUAGAUGAAGAGCACCGCCUCAUCGCUCGCUACGCUGCACGCCUGGCAGCCGAGGCGGGCAACUCCACACAACAAUGUCCUCCAACAGAUCUGGGUUUCAACUUUGACGCCAAUAAGCAACAGAGGCAGCUGAUUGCAGAGCUGGAGAACAAAAACAGGGAGAUCCUCCAGGAGAUCCAGCGGCUGCGUUUAGAGCACGAGCAGGCCUCCCAGCCGACCCCAGAAAAAGCCCAGCAGAACCCCACGCUCCUGACUGAACUGCGGCUCCUCAGACACAGGAAGGACGAGCUGGAGAGGCGCAUGUCGGCCCUGCAGGAGAGCAGACGGGAGCUGAUGGUGCAGCUGGAGGGACUCAUGAGGCUGCUAAAGGAUGAGGAGCAGAAGCAGGCUUCCCAGACUGGAAGCUCCCCUCAUUCUUCCCCCAGUCACGGUGCAGGCUGCUCCAUGCCCAUGCCCAUACGCUCCACCUCGGCUGGGUCUACCCCAACUCACACACCGCAGGACUGCCUCGCGGGGGUAGGAGGGGACGUGCUUGAGGCCUUUGCUCAGGGUGUACCUAGAAAUCUUCGGAAUGAUCUAUUAGUUGCUGCUGACUCAAUCACAAACACCAUGUCGUCACUGGUGAAAGAGCUCCACUCAGUUGAUGACGGGGGAGUGGACGAGGAGACCAACAUGAGGAACGGUGGGGACAGAGCUGAAGCAGAAUGAACAUCAAAAAGCACAUUGAGAGUACAGAAGCACUGAGGACAAGCAACAAAACCAUUCCACCCUGUAAGGACAUACAGUCAUCAACUGGGAAGAAUCAGUAACAACAAACAACAACAACAACAACCCCUGGCAUUAGCACGUAGAGUAAUGCAUGCUGUAAUCUAACAGGAUUUCACUAUGUGAAAAAAACUUCACACCUUGCAGGUAGCAAGAUGUGUCUAAUUAGCGAGUGUGUAUGUUGUCCUGUAAACAAAAACUGCUGUAAUUACCCAAUGAUUUCCCUCAUGACUGCUAAGGAAUGGCUUGCUGUGCUUUCUCCCCCAACUGUUCCAUAGCAGCAGAUCAUUCUGUAUAUAAAAUACUGUAAACACAUGACCACGGGAACGCCCCAACAUGAAGGUGACAACAUGUUCCCUUGUUGUUGCUUUUGUAUAAUUAGCGCUAGUAUUUUCUUUUUUUGGGUUUGUUUUGUUUUCUUUUCUUUUAUUAUUUUUGCAUGAAGUUGCACUCAUGUCUAGAUUUAGGUACUGUACCAUGCUAUGCCAGCUCUCUGUGGAAUUAUGAUGACAGCUGGGGUGUCAGAAGUGUCUUGCCUCAGAAUUCACGCUGAGUGUGUUUACUUGCACAUCCAUAUUCUGAAGUUGGUUUAAAAAAUUCUGGAUAGUCUCCAGUUUCAGCUAAAAUAAUAGUUUGACAUUUUGGGAAAUACUACUUGCUAAAAGUUAAAUAAGAUCGACACUUUUCUCAUAUUUGUGCAUCAAAUAUGAAACUGGAGCCAGGAGCCGGCUACCUUAGCUUAGCAUUAAGACUGUAAAAAGGGAAGCAGCUAGCCUGGCUUUUUUCAUUCCCUUUAUACAGUAUGUAAGGAAUCAUGUUUAAUGUUAAACCUAAAUGUUAGCAUUUGAUGUGUUGUACCGGAGUUAGCUUUAAGCUAAUUUUUAUGUACACAUUUUCAAUGUUUUUUUAUGGAUGGAAAAAUAUAUAAAGUAGUAAUCCAACAUCUUAUGAAAUGGGCUUAUUCACCUCUUAGUGAGAGUUAGCUGAUAUCUCUGCGCUAAAUAUGAAGCUUCCACCAGCAGUCAUUUAGCUUAGCUUAGCACAGAGACUGAGAACAGAGCUAGCUUUGCUCUGUCCAGCUUACCAGCACAUCUAAAGCUCACUGAUCAACAUUUUAUAACUUGGUUGUUUAAUAUGGUUGGUGAAUUUAGAAACAACAAGUUGUAGUCUAUAGGAUGUUAGAUGCUGGACUAUUUCUUGGCCAAACACAGUCACUUCCUGAAGUCUUGCUCUUAAAAUGAGGAUUAAAGGCAAAACCACAACUUGUCGUUUUUACGCUUUGCCUUAUAAAGAUUUAACAAGGGAGAUGUUGCCAGGCUAGCUGUUUCCUCAUUUCCAGCAGACCGCUAGGAACAGCGCCAGAGUUAAAGCCAAUUUGACAUAGUGGCCAAACCAUUUAACUAAAACGUCCGUGUCCGUCACAUGAUGCCCUGGGGCCUAAAAGUACUUUUUCCCACAGAUUUCAAUUGUGAAAGAGACGCCUGAGCAUCACAAAUCCUGUAAAAUGACUUAGUCUAGUGUUGUUUUGUAAGUCUAUAAGAGCCACAUGAUUAAAUAAUUUUAUCCUCAUUCAAGUAAGCAGAGGGCUAAACAGGAAGUUAGUUGCUCAGCCGGCAGAAGUCUCUGGUGCUCUUGCUGUAUAGGCCCAACAAUGUGGAAGAUCUAAUAAAAAGUCAAACAUUUUUGGCUUUGUGCGCCACUGAGCAACUUUCAUAAGAGUAAAUAAGGCCCUGCCUACAACACAGUGCCCAGUUCUCUUUAUGCAUCUAUGGUUUCCAGUGUUUGUGCUAAGCUAAGCUAACCACAUGUUGGCUGUAACCUUAUAUUUACUCACAGACAUGAGAUUAGUAUUGAUCUACUUGUCUAACUCCUAGCAUGAUAGCAAAUAAUCUUUUCACAAUAUGUUGAACUAUUCUUUUAAUCAUAAAAAAAAAAACAUUAGUUGCAGCUCUCGUCAGGAGUCAGUUGUCCCAUGGUAAUAUUCUUUCUAAGAACGUAAGCAGGACUAUAUCUUAUUACAGUAUACAGAGGCACAUAAACAACUUGUCCUCUUUCAGGUCGUAAAAAGAAAUAAUAGCUUGUAUCCAGAAUACAGUGUGCAUGUAAACACACUCGCUGAGUCACAUACUGCUGCUACUGCGCUCUCAGUGAGCCACCCUUGCAAAUAAGAGGGCUGUGCAAAUAAUAGAAACUGAGGAGGCCACUACAAACACAAUGAGCCGAGUCUUGUUGUUCCCUCCCCAUUAAAACUUAACUGAACACACCUGACUAGCUGGCAGCCUCAGUAUUUACAGUGUAGGGAAGCACCUCAGGAUGUUUAAAUAGUAACGAAUUAGGCAGAGUUUUAGUUACUAAAUGACCACUCUACAGUAUGUGAGGAUGUAAGGUCUUAGUAAGCAAGUAGGAAAUGCUUUGAUAGCUUUAUUUACUUAAUAAAGGAAUACUGAAAAUGUUUAUGUGCAAUGAAGGUAGGUGCUCAGGGACUGCAGAGCUACUCCAGUUACAAAAUGGUCGUAAUGUCCUUUAACCUCUAGACGUCACUGGCCACAGACUGAAAGGUUAAAGGUCAAUGAUGAUUCAAAAUGGAGGGUUUCAUUCCAAACUUGCUUGUGAUCCCUGUCGAAGAUUUAGUUGAAAGUAGUUAAAGGUAUACUAUGCAGGAAUUGUCGAUUACUGUUCGUAAACACAACAUUAAAACUCCUUCCUACACUGCUUGUACGUCCAAUGCAAGCUACGAUUGUUGGAAUGUUACAUCUGUAAUGGGAAAACCAAUACUUUGGCAAGCUAACUAAACUAACCGUCAGCACCUACCUAUCCAACAGAAAACAAUGAUCUACUGGUUAAUGCUACACUUCAGUUUACUGCACUAUGCACCACCUGGGUCUGACAAACGUUAGCUAGUGGUGCCACUUAUUUGGCGGUUACUGUGUGUAACACUGUCCUGACUCAACAGUGUUGCAGUGGAAAUAAUGUAAUUAAAAUUGAGCGGGUGACACUAGCUAACUCCCACAGGGUUUUGCGCACAUGGGAGAAGUUUUCCUUGUGUAGGCCCUUUACAAGAAAGCCCUUUCUGACAGAAAUCUAUUCAUUUUAACCCAAACCACAACUUCUUUCCUAACCUUAACCAUGAGAACUCUUUCUGGAAGAAAACCCUUGAGGAACAUUUCUCCUAACUGCGGGUUUUGUGUAGUGCAGAGUGGUUAAGGCUAAUGUUAGUUAACCAGACAAGACCAGAUGGUGGUUGGUGGGGGGCACUGUGUCUGCAUGUUAACAUGGCCAGCCAGCUAUUUUUCAGCAAAGCCGACAGAAAUUAAAGGCAAGGCUCUACUGCCCCAAAAAUGAAAUGGGUAGUUAGCGAUUAAUGGGUGUCUGGCUAUAGAAAGUAAAAUUAACCAAAACAGACAUCCCUAAAGGGAUUAUUUUAGACUAAGUCUUUUUUUUUUUUCUUUAAGAAAAUCCUGUAUAGUAUACCUUUAACUUUACUCUCACCAGUCUCAUUUUGGAAUGAAACUCUUUAGAUAUAUAUAGGAAAACAACAGUAAGUGAUUAAAUGCCGGGUCAAGAAAGUAGAUAAUUAGAAGGAGAGAAGUUUUUAUAAAGUGCUAUUUGGUGAAGCAUGUUGUUGGAUAUAGUUUGUCUGUGUGUAAAUUUGUGUCUUUCACGGCAAAGCAAAGCGAUCUGUUUGUUACUAAGGUAGCUGUCAACCAGUGAGGAUGUUCAUUUUGAUCAGGUCCAAGUUACCUUUACAUUUUUUGUUUUCUGGUUCAAUGUUUUUGUCCUUCAGGGUAGCCAAAAAUUCUCAAAAAAGAGCAAUGUUUGGUUUUUAGAAAAUGCAAUGUAAUAAAGGUCUGGGAGCAGUUUUAUUGGAGUAACAUUUAUGGGUAAAAAUCUGAGUGAAUCAAAUUAAAAAGCAUGAGGUUUUUGUUGUGAGAUCUGUACAGUAAGCCUAUCCUAUAAGCUAAAGUAUAAGGUUUCAACAGCCUGUUACACUGUGUCAGGAGAAACAACAAAAAGAGGCUUCUCUGUUGUUGACAUUUUAAAUGUGAUGUUUUUAUUCAGUUCUCUGUUCUGCUCUAUGUUAUCAUUAUUGUUUAGUAUUAGUGGAGUAUAGUCAAUGUAAUGAGUUUGUCAAAAUUGAGAUUCACGUGCACACUCACGCUUGCAUAGUCGCCCAAGUAUAAAUUUAUACGAAGAAAGUAGAAAAAUUGAAGCACAGUAAUUUAAAUUCUGUGACCAAUGCUGUCAAAAAGCUCAGCAGAAAAGGUCCAGAAAUUAUUAAAAAGCAGAGAUAAAAUUUUAAAGAAUUACUGUCAUCCCCUUCAUUCUGUCUAUGCAUUUGAAUUUAAGUUAUUUUCUGUCAUUUUUUUUCAGUUUGUGCCUGUAGCUGUUCUGUAAAGUGCUGUAUAAAGUAACCAUUCAGCAAAUACGAUGAUCUAUCAGCCUUUAUGUCUGUGACUUUGUAGAGAUUUUAUUUAUUUAUUUAAUGUGUUCUGGGGGAAACUCAUGCUCAGCCUUUACAUUUGUGCCAAACUGUUUGCAGACAUUGUGUGUCAUACAAAUUACAGGUAUAUCAAAGUAUAUCUGCAUUAGUAUGUUGUUGUUGCCCAUAGUUUAUUCAUAGAAUGCCUGGAGAUGUUCACAGUUAAUGGUUUCCACUGCUGGAAAUUAACAUUUAAUAGUUAACAAAGACACAACACAUUCCAAAUCUACUGAUAGACUCCCUGAUGUCAUUAUAGCCAAUGUGGAGGCAAUACCAUAUACCCCAUCAGACUAACUGUGGGUAACACCAAUAAAACACGGCCGGUCAUACAGAGGUGCAUACAUUGUGAUCCUUUUUUUGUUUGCAGAGAGACAAUGUGCAAAGAGGACGCUCCCCUGUUGUUAUUUAUCUAUGUCUGUGUUCUGUAUGGUUAUGCUUCUGGUACACAUUUGUUUCUCAUGUUGAUUUUACAAAACAUAGUUUUAUGUCACAAAGUCACUGUCUUUUGUAAAUAAAUCAAAUGUGAGAUAUAUUAAAAAAGAUUUAAAAUAUGG